AUCAUUAUCAUAGUUCUUUUUUUUUUUUAUUUUUAUUAUUUUUUUUACAUUCAAGGGGCUGUCUUUCAAGCUGGGAAGGUAAAUAUUACCGACACUUCCCAAAACAACCAUGGUUGCCAAGCCGUUUCUUUCGAAACUCAAUUCCAGGGUUCGGGAGAUGUAAAGGUUUUCGCCACGCUCAGUCACGGAAACAAAUAUGUUAAAAUCCACGACCCGGCGUCUCUUUGGGUGAAGUCGGUGUCAACAACAGGUUUUGAAGCCUGCGUGCGCGAAGCAGGAAGUGGCUCUGGUGGAACGUCUGUGAUCAACUGGCUUGCAUUUCAAGGUUCGCAUCAAGGCAUACACUCAGGGAUCGUGGAAUUCAAUGAAUUCACGUCACGAACACAGUGCAAGAGGAUAUCGCUAAGCAUUCAGAAACAGGUAACUUCGCAACGUCAUCCAAUUCAUUCAUUUAGUCUUCCAUGUUACUUUUAAAGUCAAUACUCACGAAAAACUCAUAACUCAACUUCGACCUUAAGGGACAAAAAUAACGAAAACGCACGUGACUUCACAUCAGUAAAAUUAAAAAAAAAUGGCCUUGUUUUGUAAAUUGUUUAAAUACUAUGCCUCCAAAAAUCACCAAAAAAUGUAAUGGUUAUAGUGCUCCACGAUGAAAGUUGUUUGAUAUCUUCUUCAUGGCUCUGCAGGAACAUUUAAUGCAUGGAUAAAUGGACACAGUGAUUACUUCAGCACAGAAUUGCGAAGUGGCCUAAAGCAGCAAUAUCAUCGUGGCAUAUCCCCUUUAACAAGAAAAGGGUUUAGCACUAUAUAAAUCGUCCGUUUUUUUCCUAUGUUUUGUUUGCUGUUCAAGAAUCUCCUCCUAAUACUCCGGCAAAUCGCCGCAUGCAAAACCGAGUAACUCUUCAAAGCCGAAAUGAAGUCGAUACUUGAUUAUUUUCCCAAUCAACAAUUGUUGUGAAGCUAUAAUGGCCAUGAGCUUGUCAUAACGUCAGUCCAUAACGUUAAGCACUGUUAAUCCGGUCCUCUUCGGGGCAAAGGACGAUAAUAAUAUUUAAGCUCAGUAUGUACAUGUACUUAUUGGGUGAUUUUUUCUCUUCUUUUAGAUAAAACCUCAAGUGUUUGUAACCGUUCAACAUAAACAUUCUAACCGUCCUUUUGAUUCCAUGAACAUCUGGCUAGAAGAGGUCAAAGCAGACGGCUUUGUUGUUUGCUUGAGAGAGUUUAUGAGUUUCGACGGUAUCCAUACCGGACUUAAAGUGGUGAGUUUUAAAAAAUUAGCCCAGUCUUCGACUAUUACGUUUUUCUUCGUCCUUGUUAUCAAUUAAAUUUAAAAUUAAAUCUGAUUGUAUGGAAGCUAAUUAAAAACCUGGUGGUUAGUUUGGCCUCCCCUUAGAAAUUACUUAAAAAUUAUAUUAGAAGAAUUAUUGUUAUACCUAACCCAUAAAUGUUUUAAAACCGUAAAACUCUGAAUUUGCUUUGCAAAGACAGCCUGACGAAAGGGGUGAAAGGGUGGACUGGAAGUGAAAAAGGGGGGAGAGGGGCGCUGGUCAGGGAGCGGGGUUCUUUCAAAGAGCGGCUUUUCAGCCUUAACAAAAUAUCGCCCCUGCUGCGCAUGUGCAGCAGGUGUUUUGAAAAGAAAGAAAGUUUUCUUGAAGUGGCGCAUAUAAACUAUCCUCGUCAUUUCCCUAAUCCAUUCUGAGAUGAAACUUUAGGGUUCACUUUAGGGUUUACUUCAGCCCGGUGCCGUUGGCUUUGAGGCCUCCUAACACUUUAAUGUUGAAUAAAAUUAAAACCGUUCAAGCUAGGACCAUCAAACUUGGCGACUCUUGCUGAAUAUCUCUAGAUUUACUUCUAAUGAAUUAUUAUAUCACACUUAAUUUACCAUUAUUUACGUAGCUGUUAAUAUGAUCUAGGCUUUUUAGUGACUAGCUUGGAAAAAUGAAUUGAAUUUAAAAUGGCCAACUAGCAGGAAUAAAUGGAAUUAAUUUAAAUAAUUCAAAAUGGCAGAUCCAAAAAGGCAUAUGGUCUCAGCAACUAGUGACGUCAUCAUGUUGUCACUGCCAUUGUUAAAGAUUAUCAAAUUGUCAACCAUCGUCGUGAUUUUUAAGUAAUUUAAUUAUUUUUGCUUAAUGGCUACGGGGACAAUUGAUAAGCUAUGGGUUCAGACAAUAAAUGCAACAAGGGGACAUCUUAGUGACGUCAAAUUACGUUACUGUGUCAAUCACAUUACACCUACUUGUUGGAAUGAUGAUUACACUAUUUUGCGUAAAUUUAGUGGCUGUAUCAUGAGUGGUUAUAAUGUUCUCAAAGGGGCCUUCGAAGGCCCCUUUUCCCUCCAAUUCCAAGGAAGCCCAAAAACGCUCGGUCAGAAUAGUGUUAAAUUUAGGUCAUGGUAUUUUGCUUUUUUCUCAGACUCCAGAUACAAAUUUUUCUCAGGGUUCCCACCUUCAUCUUAAAUUUUCUUAAAAAACCAUAAGGAAAGACAUUCAAUGCUGUGACUGUUACUUGCGUCCACCUUUUCAGAACUGGCUUGCUUAUGAUUUGUUACCUGAGCCUUGGAAUUUUACUGAGCAAGGAAGCCUUCAUUUUUCUGGACUCGGUGCACCAAAGAAAGAGAACAAUUAUGCCUUUUGUCAGGUUGGAAAAUGUGACGUCUAUUAAUGAUGCAUUCAAUUUUUAUUGACUUAACUUCCAAACUCAAGCCUUUAAACCAACGUGGUUAACAAUCAAUGUUUGUGUUGUGUAUUUGUCGUUUCUUCAAGGGACACUGUGACAUCGGCGUAUUGUGCAUUUUUGAAAUAAGAGUUGAAGUCCAACAAGAGAUACGACCUUCUUGAUCAUCAAUAAUUCGUUAAAACCUCAUGCGUUGUUCGCAAGAGUUGUGAUUUAGAUUUGUUGACCGCUACGUGGUAAGGAGGUGCAUCCACUAUUAGAUAUAUUUUAUAGACCUAGAGUUUGCCUAAUCACUUCCUUAAUGAACUGGGACAAUAUCACUUUUUUCAAAAGGAUGAAAGCGACAAUAUACUUUCUUUAAACAGUCAGAGGGAAAAUUAUUGUGUUUGGUAAAUCCUGAUUUUUAGGAUUAUAAGUUUGAGAAUCCAUUCUACGAACCGCCCAAUAUUCUGGCGUCUGCCAGCCAUGAAAAUGGCACCAGGAAACUAUCAAUGAAGGCAGAUGGUCGCUAUAGCAACGCUUUGACUGUCUGGAUUGAGGUGAGUAGCCUUGAAGAGACCUAAUAAGUUGAAACUGUUUCAAAUAUUUGCUGGUUAAAAUACUUGCCUUCGCUAAAGAGUAAAGCACUUAUAACUAAUAAAAGAAGAAGUUCGAAGUGGCACUUAACACUUGACGACAAAUUCAAGCAAUAGCUUGAAUCAACAAUCUUAUUGUCAUUUUCCUUACUCAUUUUCACCUGAUGAUUCUUCUUAAAGGGAGCUCCGUGGGUUCAUGGUUUUAAAUUGACAACCAACUUUCUCGGAAUGUAUUGUUAUUUUCAUGUAAUCCGAUUGGUCAACUUUGUCUAGGUGACCUCUGUUAUAGUAGUCGCACUGUAACAGACAGCAGCGUCCACUAUAUAUCCGUGAGAACUGUACGUCCGUUUAAACGAUUCAAAGUUGCCCUUGUCCUUAUUGCCCUUACUGGACGCCCCUGUCUGAAAGCUAACAAAUCAAUGCAAACUUUUUAUUUAUCGAUAUAUUUGAUGUUAUUUUCCGGGAGAUCACUCGUUUGUCUUUCAAAGUGUGCAUCAAAGACAGUCAGGGAAUGAGCAAGUCUCACGAUCCAGUUACAGUGGACUAUGCAAUAGUGGGAGGUACAUUACUCUUAUAUUUGCUUAUUCUUUAAUUUCAAAGAUUUGUCUCUCAUACUGGUUCGUCCUACUAUCAAUCCAUUUGGACGUUGGGUCAAACAUUAAUUCGAAUAAGAAUAAAGUCAGGCAAUUGGCACUGUAAAAAACUAUGUUCAAAUGUCGAAGAAAAAAGUUAUAAAAAAUGACGUUUCUUUUUCAAACGCUUUUGUAGAAAAAGUAACUCCCUAUUUCCUAUCUUUUUUGCCAUAAAUUUUCUCCACAGGAAAAACAAAGCAAAAUUUAAAAAAAUUAAAACGCAGUUGCGCUCUCAAAGGAUGUAGGACGUCAGGUCAAUUUGAUAUUCAUACAAGUGCUGAUUUUGUUCUUGUUGUUUUUUUUUUUGCCCUAAAGAUAUAGACCCGUGCACAAACGUUACUUGCGAUUACCAUGCCAUCUGCAAAGCUUUCUCUGCAUUUGAUGCCCGCUGUGUUUGUGAUGACAACUGUCCGUCGUACGAGGAGCCAGUGUGUUCAUCCAACUCGACAACUUUUAAGAACAAGUGCUUUUGUCUGCUGGACAUUUGCAGGCGCAAGAGUAACCACGCUCUCUAUCAUCCCGGUAGUUGUACAGGUAAGAGAGCGGAUUAUAGGGUAUUUUAAACCACCUUAACCAGCGUAUUGCAGAGCUCUAGUGUUAUGAGAUAUAUAGUGCCGCUGAUGACUUAUAACAUCACUCAAUUUGGCGGCAAUCUUGGGCGCCAUCUUGGAAUUUCCGUUUUAAGCACAUGGCAUUUUCCGUGCAGCUGUAGGUCCAAAAUAAAUCAUGAUUAAAUACUAUUUUGCUUAGUUUGGUACUGUUUUGAACGCAACAAAGUGCCAAUCAUAUAGUGCCACUAUAUGAUUGUGUGAUUGUACAAUCAGCUUUUAAUUUAAUUCCUCGCAUAUAGAAAGGAUUUUAUACGUUUUUUUUCUCAUCCUCAUCAGGUAUUUGUAGGAUGCAUCUUUUUCUGUCUUUAUGUUAUGCUGUUGUUGUUUCUUUGUUUCUUUGUUUUAUUUUAUCGCUUUCAGCUCUAAUUAGCUUUGUUUUUCUUCUGUGUUGUAUUUUCUUUUUCUUGUUGUUCCUCGACAGGUUUUCCUGUUCAGACUGGACGAGUUUCACUGAGGAGACAUGUACAGUGGGCAGAGACGGCCUGUGAAGUAGUGAAAUUUCCACCGUUUUCAUUCUAUCCCGACAAAGAAGUGCACGUACAAAUAACGACCAAUCACUGGAACAUAAGCGAGAAAAAUUUUGUACAUGAUGCUACUGUGUCCUGGGUGGAAACUGUUAACUUCGAGAAUUUUGAGGUGAAUAUUUUAAAAGGAAGUUUUCAAUUCAAGUAUUACUUCAAGUAGUAAUUAGUGAGCCUCUGUUCAUUUGUUUUACAUCUCCAAGAACUCUUGUUUACCUGUGAUAUUUCUGGUUAGUAAAAUACUAUUUGAACACAUUUUAUUUUCACAACGAGUUACUAGCGGAGAUUUCGCGUCUUGCGCGCCCAGAGGAACACUAUGGGUAAGAAAAUUUGGUUAUCUAUGCAUCCAAGAAAUUUUGGUUACUAACAAAAUCGUGCGUACGUACGUAGUACCGCGUCUUCAUGUUAACGGAUGUGAAAUGUCUUACUAGCUGUAAGUCCAAAACAUAUACAAAUUGUGUUUAACUCGAUUUUGGCCAUCCAUGUUAUAACCAAUUGACAGCCGUCAAAGUAGGGCAUCCGAAGACCAGUGUCACAUGACUUUAUCGCUGGCUCAGGUGUGCUACUUAUUGAGGUGACGGUUUUUUUAAGUUCUCCGCUGACCAGUUAUAGAAUUCAAGAGAUCACAGGCUUUGAAAACUUUACUUCAUGAAGUAAGUUACCAGGAGAGCUUCGCUUUUGGCCUUGGCUAAAUCUAUUUAGUACAUACUUAAGCAGUGGAUAGUGCUUUUCACGCGCUCUGAUUGGCUACUCAAUCAGUGAAUAUCCAGUGCUAUUCACUGAUUCACCUCCAGUUCCUCCUAGCGAGCGACUCCAAACUCGCAAAAGUUUCGAGCGAAAUGGCUUCCCGGUUUGCUACCGUAACAAACAAAGAAAUUUCUCAAAUAAUCAAACAAGUUGUUCCUGAAAUACACGAAGAAGGUGACAAAAUUCGGUUUGGAAGUUUUAACAGGUAAAGCUUUGUCUGUUUGACUUGACUUUAUCGAUGAAAACGGUAAAAAAAGCCUUUUGUUCACAUAUGCAAAGUAACUCCUGCGUUACUUUAUUUAGCUGAUAUGUUCACAAAUAAGUUUUCACAGAAUGGUUUUAAUACAAAAAGAAUUCACAACUCAUUUUGAAGAAAUUUCCCGGGAAAAGCUAAACAAAUGCCUUCAAGAGUUUUAUUUGUCGGCAAGAAAACGCGACGGCCGCCGGUUCGGUCAUUACGCGCCAAAAUUAUAAUCGUUGACAACAGUAAAUGAGUUAAAAAUCAUCAUUUUUGUGCUCAAUUAUCUCACUGUUUGAGUAUUGACUAAAACAAUUAUCCACCUGAGUGUCGGCAGCUAGUGGUGGCGAUUUACCUGCCGCUUCGCGGCUAGGCAAAUGACCACAACUGCCAACCUCCACUUCAGUGAAUAAUUGUUAUAUAUUAUCUUACCAGAUAAAUUAAACAUUAGCCAUUACAUUUAAUAUUUAGGUGUGCGUGACUGCAGCAGGAAGAAAUGAUCGCUUUAUCAAAGAAUUUGCCACGGUGGACUGGAUGGCCUACCAAGGUGCUCCUGAUGGAGGUGUGGCGGGUAAAACGCGCAUUCCAGAAUGGUGGACUGGAUCACAGUGCUCAAAAGUCAGCCUUCCUCAGGCAAUAACACUUUAUUGUUACCUCUCAGCUGCAUCUUGUUCUGUUCCAUAAACCAGAAAAAAUAAUGAUCUUUAGUUAAGUUUUUCAGUAAGAUAAACAUUUGCUAUGCUGAUGUUAUAAGUACCAAACACUCCAGUUGUUAUCCAAUCAAAGAUAUCGUACUUGGACUUGGAGACAUGAGUUGCAAAGAGGCAGCCCUGUUCUGUCCGCGGAAUUCCUUCCGACACAUGGGCCAUUUUUAUACUAUUUUUUUAAAUCAUUUUUUUACAUUUGUCAGAAGGGGGAGAUAUUCUUAAAAAAAGUAUCACUUAAUACAAAAAAUUGGCGAAAGAAACUUGUACGGUCAAGGGCGAAAUUGGACACUCGCGUUCAGACACCUAACAACGAUCCUAUGUCUUAAAGAGCGUCCCGAUCAUGUGAAAGAUUGUUUAUUCCAAAUUUAAUUUAACAUGCUAUUCUCCCAAUCAUCUUUGCUCUGCAUACUUAAUAAUUACCAAUUCAACUUUCUUACUGUUAUGACCGUUUUUUUUUAACAGGGAAAAUUUGCGUCUUCACCAACAGUCCUGGUUACAGCAGAACACAUAAGUGCAGACUUUAAGCACGAUGCCGCAAGUUUGUGGGUGGAAAACGCAACCAGUUCUUCCUUUUACAUUUGUCUUCGAGAACUACAGAAUUAUGAUGGUCUACAUGAAGAUAUCGUUGUGGUAUAUGUUUUCUCCUUUAUAAAUAUAUCUGGCGUUUGCUAAAACGUGGCUAAAGAAAUUUCAAGUGCAUUUUAUCAAUUUGAUAUCUAAGUCGAAUGGAAAGCAGUUAAAAGUUACUAGCUGACAACUUUAUUGCUGGCAACAGACGGUAAGUUCCUCUCUCAGAAGUAAGAGGAUUUUGCGACAUAAUAAACAACAUUUGAAACGUCCAGGAAUUAUAACCUUUUAGUCAGCGAAACCUUGAGGCCCUAGCUAUGUGUCUGCCGCCGAACACAGAUUAAGAAGCCACAAUCUUUGAGUACAGAAUAGGAUUUCUAAGACACAAUCAUCUAAACGAAGCAUUUUUGUGCUUGGCACAAAGUAAUCUGUUAACACGAGCCCAACCACAUACCUGAGUUUUGUCUGUCAACACCUUCGGUAAAUCACACAAUAAAAUCACUUUCGAUGCCAUCACAACACUUCCAAAAACCACUCAUAAUAUUUCAAAAUCUAACUCGGGCGAAACAUCGUCAAAUUACUUGGAGCAAGAAAAGCCCGGUCUGAAUAGGAUCAAUGAUAAAUACGUGAAAUGAGAUCAUCUCGCAAGUAUUGUGGAUACAACUUACAAAUCUUUUUUCGGAAACAUAGCUUACUUAUUUCUACACGGGAUUUAGGUAUGAGAUAGCAAUCCAUUUAUGAUUGUUAUCCUUCUCUUUAGAGUUGGAUGGUCUUUGAAAAAAUACACAGGCCUCUUUUCGCUGAGAACAAACACGUGGAUUUUCCAAACAACAAUUCCGUUUCUACAAGCUACAAUGGUGCAUUUUGCAAGGUAAGAAGCACUUUGCUUUUAAGCAGAAGGAGGCUCUGUAACUAUUUAGAUAGAACAGCAGAGGGUACUCCCUUAUAUAAGCUAUAUAAGUAUGUGCCGCCCCAUCGGGUAGGGUUUUUGCGCCGUUUAGGUGUGAAAACGGAUAUACACUUUGCCCAUUUUGAUCUGCAAUCGGGUAUGGUUUUGAGGGAACUACGGGAGUGUAUGACGGUAUUUAUCGUUUCAAUUCCAAAUUAGCCUGCGUUGCAGCUGCCCCACGCACUCGUCUUCUGCGACGCAGUCACUGCGAAUUCGAAAUGGAUUUGAAGUGUUUUUUAGUUUGCGCUCCAAUCUAACUAAUAAUAACAUAAUCUCUGCCUAAAGGCCAGGUCUGAAAAAGGGUGUGGAAAAUUACAUUUUUUGGUCUUAAAUAGAGUCAGGAUUUGGAGUACCGGGCGGCACAUCCCUACCAAGAAAACCCAGGAGUACCUCCCCGUGUAUCAAACAAGAACAUUUAUGCAUUUUAAAUCAUAUUUACGGCUGUAAAACUCCAGGUUUUAUCCCAACUUAAUAAAUGGGAGUGAAAACGAAGGAAGUCGACCGUGAUUGAUCUCACAUUUAGUUGCCAUAUCAUGUAUUUCAUAUGAGCUUUGAAAAGAAAAGAGAUCAGGCCAUGAAAGGAACUUGUUUUUUGACAGUUUAUCUUGAACAAAGAAUUGUUUUUGGUACUCAAAAAUUACCUGUUCCUUCGAGUCAACGCAGAUAAAUUCCAGCCACCAAUGAUAUGACCAUGCAUUGAUAAAAAUGGAUGGUGUUUCAAACAUUAUAUCAACAGCCUUCUUUUUAUGUCCUUAGGACAUCUCAUUUGCAACGAAUUACGACAAGGAACCCAUAGUAUUAAUAGCAGCCGGUCACAACUCAGAAGGCAACAAUUUGAAGCCAAUAUACGUCCGUGACCCCAUGGAUUGAGGUAUUCUCAAAUUAUUUAACUAAUAUACAACACAUUUUCUUGAAAAUAAGUAAGAUAAAGCUGACAACCUGUAGCAAAUGCGCAUAUGAGCUAAAUUACACCAAGGUUUGUUCAUGCAGUCUGCCGUCUAACAGUCAUAGUCGCGCAGCGAAACAUUCCAUCUAUUUGUCAAUCUGUUAUUCAAGGUCAGUUUCCCAAUUUCUUUUUUUCUUUAAAUAGGAAAGUGACUCAGCUACAGUCUUUUAAACGAACGUCUCUAAAAGUUGAGCUAUUACUGUUCUUCUAAGCGAAAUAUAUGACGCUAGAUGAUUUGCUUAUUAUUUUACAGCACAUCAAGACCAGCGAAUUCCGCAUUUGUCUCAAGGAGUUGUUCGCUGACCAGCAUGAUCCUGUGACUGUGUCCUAUACAGUAUUAGCAGGUGUGUUAGUAAAUGAUAAAGACAAAUUUUCUUUGCGAAGACCUUCUCAUGCCCAGCAAGCUUUGGUAGAUGUCAAGUAAACUUAGAGACUCCUUGUUUCGUAUCUCCCAUAACGAGCCGCACCGUCUUAGCAACCAAAAAAAUUUUGUUUAUCUAGCUGACUCAGCUGGAUACUCAGAAGCUUGUAACAUUCACUAUUCAAUUUAUCUCUGAUCAUAUUUCGCAUCUAAUACGAUAGAGGCGUCAAUUUUCGCGCCAUCGUGUCAUCAUUCUAGGGCGAGAAAUUUAAUUAAAGCGCAGCAUUCAACAAAUGUACGGCUCAGGUUUCGGCUAAAAUUAUUCAGUGCCGUCAAAGAAAAAAAUCUAUUAUUAAGGUCUGCGUAUAAAGUCGAUCACAUUGCUACCACAGACAAAAACGCUUAAAUAUCUCCUACAAAAUGAACGGCUGAGUUUGUUUUUUCUACGGGUCAAACUGCUUCUAUAUAUCCCAGAAGCGCUCAGGCAUAAUAAUAUGCCAGGACUUCUACAUGGAUGAACCAGAAAGGAUAUAGAACAACUGCCUAUUUUUUUUUUCUUUUUACGGCUACGGGUCGAAAUGCUAAACGUGUUAUAUAUCCUAGAAGCGCUCAGGCAUAAUAAUAUGCCAGGACUUCUACCUGGAUGAACCAGAAAGGAUAUAGAACAACUGCCUAAUUUUUUUUACGGCUACGGGUUGAAAUGCUAAACGUGUUAUAUAUCCUAGAAGCGCUCAGGCAUAAUAAUAACAUGCCAGGACCUCUACCUGGAUGAACCAGAAAGGAUAUAGAACAACUGCCUAAAUUCUUUUUUUUACGGCUACGGGUUGAAAUGCUAAACGUGUUAUAUAUCCUAGAAGCGCUCAGGCAUAAUAAUAUGCCAGGACUUCUACCUGGAUGAACCAGAAAGGAUAUAGAACAACUACCUAAUUGUUUUUUACGGCUACGGGUUGAAAUGCUAAACGUGUUAUAUAUCCUAGAAGCGCUCAGGCAUAAUUAUAUCAUGCCAGGACUUCUACCUGGAUGAACCAGAAAGGAUAUAGAACAACUACCUAAUUGUUUUUUACGGCUACGGGUUGAAAUGCUAAACGUGUUAUAUAUCCUAGAAGCGCUCAGGCAUAAUAAUAUGCCAGGACUUCUACCUGGGUGAACCAGAAAGGAUAUAGAACAACUGCCUAAUUUAUUUUUUUUUUUACGGCUACGGGUUGAAAUGCUAAACGUGUUAUAUAUCCUAGAAGCGCUCAGGCAUAAUAAUAUGCCAGGGCUUCUACCUGGAUGAACCAGAAAGGAUAUAGAACAACUGCCUAAUUUUUUUUUACGGCUACGGGUUGAAAUGCUAAACGUGUUAUAUAUCCUAGAAGCGCUCAGGCAUAAUAAUAACAUGCCAGGACCUCUACCUGGAUGAACCAGAAAGGAUAUAGAACAACUGCCUAAAUUUUUUUUUACGGCUACGGGUUGAAAUGCUAAACGUGUUAUAUAUCCUAGAAGCGCUCAGGCAUAAUGAUAUCAUGCCAGGACUUCUACCUGGAUGAACCAGAAAGGAUAUAGAACAACUACCUAAUUGUUUUUUACGACUACGGGUUGAAAUGCUAAACGUGUUAUAUAUCCUAGAGGCGCUCAGGCAUAAUGAUAUCAUGCCAGGACUUCUACCUGGAUGAACCAGAAAGGAUAUAGAACAACUGCCUAAAUUGUUUUUUACGGCUACGGGUCGAAAUGCUAAACGUGUUAUAUAUCCUAGAAGCGCUCAGGCAUAAUUAUAUCAUGCCAGGACUUCUACCUGGAUGAACCAGAAGGGAUAUAGAACAACUACCUAAUUGUUUUUUACGGUUACGGGUUGAAAUGCUAAACGUGUUAUAUAUCCUAGAAGCGCUCAGGCAUAAUAAUAUGCCAGGACUUCUACCUGGGUGAACCAGAAAGGAUAUAGGACAACUGCCAAAUUUUUUUUUUUUACGGCUACGGGUCGAAAUGCUAAACGUGUUAUAUAUCCUAGAAGCGCUCAGGCAUAAUUAUAUCAUGCCAGGACUUCUACCUGGAUGAACCAGAAAGGAUAUAGAACAACUGCCUAAUUUUUUUUACGGCUACGGGUUGAAAUGCUAAACGUGUUAUAUAUCCUAGAAGCGCUCAGGCAUAAUAAUAACAUGCCAGGACCUCUACCUGGAUGAACCAGAAAGGAUAUAGAACAACUGCCUAAAUUUUUUUUUACGGCUACGGGUUGAAAUGCUAAACGUGUUAUAUAUCCUAGAAGCGCUCAGGCAUAAUGAUAUCAUGCCAGGACUUCUACCUGGAUGAACCAGAAAGGAUAUAGAACAACUACCUAAUUGUUUUUUACGGCUACGGGUUGAAAUGCUAAACGUGUUAUAUAUCCUAGAAGCGCUCAGGCAUAAUGAUAUCAUGCCAGGACUUCUACCUGGAUGAAACAGAAAGGAUAUAGAACAACUGCCUAAUUGUUUUUACGGCUACGGGUUGAAAUGCUAAACGUGUUAUGUAUCCUAGAAGCGCUCAGGCAUAAUAAUAUGCCAGGACUUCUACCUGGAUGAACCAGAAAGGAUAUAGAACAAAUGCCUAAUUUUUUUUUACGGCUACGGGUCGAAAUGCUAAACGUGUUAUAUAUCCUAGAAGCGCUCAGGCAUAAUAAUAUGCCAGGGCUUCUACCUGGAUGAACCAGAAAGGAUAUAGAACAACUGCCUAAUUUUUUUUUACGGCUACGGGUUGAAAUGCUAAACGUGUUAUAUAUCCUAGAAGCGCUCAGGCAUAAUUAUAACAUGCCAGGACCUCUACCUGGAUGAACCAGAAAGGAUAUAGAACAACUGCCUAAAUUUUUUUUUACGGCUACGGGUUGAAAUGCUAAACGUGUUAUAUAUCCUAGAAGCGCUCAGGCAUAAUGAUAUCAUGCCAGGACUUCUACCUGGAUGAACCAGAAAGGAUAUAGAACAACUACCUAAUUGUUUUUUACGGCUACGGGUUGAAAUGCUAAACGUGUUAUAUAUCCUAGAAGCGCUCAGGCAUAAUGAUAUCAUGCCAGGACUUCUACCUGGAUGGAACAGAAAGGAUAUAGAACAACUGCCUAAUUGUUUUUACGGCUACGGGUUGAAAUGCUAAACGUGUUAUGUAUCCUAGAAGCGCUCAGGCAUAAUAAUAUGCCAGGACUUCUACCUGGAUGAACCAGAAAGGAUAUAGAACAAAUGCCUAAUUUUUUUUUACGGCUACGGGUCGAAAUGCUAGACGUGUUAUAUAUCCUAGAAGCGCUCAGGCAUAAUAAUAUGCCAGGACUUCUAUCUGGAUGAACCAGAAAGGAUAUAGAACAACUGCCUUUUUUUUCUACGCGUCGAAGUUCUAAACGUGUUAUUCUUAGAAGCGCUCAGGCUUAAUAAUUUACCCGACUUGUACACAGAUAUUUCCUUCAGCCGAUUGUGUCUUAUGCAGGAGAAUGUCAUGUCUGCGUUGUUUUGCUUCUACUGAAGUUUUAUCAAAGAAAGCUUAAGCGAAAAUAGGGAGAUCGCAAUUUAUACUCUUACGAACUAUAAAUUAGGGCUGACCUGGAAGACGCGUUGAAUUGUGCCGCCAUCCUUCAAAAUAUAACCUGGCUGCGUUUAGGGAGACAAUUUCCUCUUCCAUCCAGAUUUACUUGGUAUAUGUGUUUGCGAGAUUCUUCAGACAAAGAAUUGGGUAUACACUGAUUCGAAUGGCUUGGCGAUACUAAGUGCUUAAGUCUACUUACCGAUUACAACAUGUUUUGGAAGUAUUGAGAAGGGCGCCAAACGAGGUUGUCACGGCGUUCUCGAGCGAACACGGCGCGACCUGGAUUGAUAAAAUUACCAUUACAUGCAGCUUUCAUGCCAGUGAUUUCUCCUUUCGUCGCAUAGUGAAUAGUUUGUGAGCACAUCCUCGACUCUCGAAACAUUUGUCUUGCACCGCUGUAGAAGUUGCUUCUCCCGCGAACCAUAGGUAGAGUUCCCGCUUAACAUAAUGUUUGAUAAUUUAUGCAAAAGUUGACCUCGUGAAAGUCAGCAGUGCAUUAAUCGACUCAAAAAUAAACAGACUUCCUACAGGGUUUUGAACACGGUUUUAAUUAAAGUACUUUACGAGCGCUGUGGUAGUUGACCGCAAAAGUGUUACGCUGAUGGAUACUCAACUGGAUGAUUACGUCACUUCAUAGCAACCAGACGGUACGAAUUUUUUAACUUCCGGAGCGCUGAGGCUCGUAGUGUUAAGUAAUCACCAGUAAAUGUAUUUUCUCAGUGUCUACUUACUACAAGUAAGAUCAAGUAACGGUUUCCGUUUCCAAAAACUUCUCGGUCAGCUUGAACUUUUUUCAUGGAAGGAGCCAAACUCUAAUUUGAGUCGACCUAACUUGAGUUAAGAUCGGCUGCUGGGUCAGACGUCGAUUUUUACAGGACGCGUCCAAUCAAUCAACUGAAUCAGAUAAGUAAUAAAAUUAUUUUCUCCCGAACAAUUUUAUAUACAUUAUCGAACAAUUUUUUUAAGUUUAUUAGUUUAGUUCGUCACAUGUGAAGAUCGACGUUUGUCCCGGAGACGAACUUCGGACCCUCUGUCCGUUUGAACGUGUUGGACGAUCCAAACUCAUUCAGACGAACUUAACUGAGCCAGACGUCGCUAAGAACGUUUCAUGAACUUAACUCACUAAGUUUGGUCACGGUUUGGUUCGUCUCAUGAAAAGUUACGACGUUUGGCCUAGGUCUUUUUUUCUCUUUGUUACGCACUAUUUACUUAACCCAAAAUGUUUCGUAUAUUGCAGAUGUAUGUAAACCGAGCUGGUCAUAUUUUAAUGGUAUUUGUUACUCGACAAGCCAUUCGUGCAAAAAUUGGACUGAAGCUGAGAAAACCUGCCAAGCAUACAGCGGCAACCUCAUCACUGUGCGUAAUCAAGAAGAAAACGUCUAUAUUCAGCAUCGGCUGAAUGGUGCCAAGGGCUGGAUUGGUCUAAACGAUAGGGCAAUUGAGGGUACUUUCGACUGGGCAGAUAAUCAAACCAGUAACUUUUCAUAUUGGGCGAAUAACCAACCAAACAACUUCAACAAUGAAGAUUGCGUUCACACUUUGGGAGUCAGACAUAGUUUUAUGUGGAACGAUGUAAGCUGUGGUACUUGCCAUAACUAUACCUGUUCAGAAGGUUUGUGGAUGACUUACCUCUUUUAUAUACCAACUUUUGUAUGCUAUAUACAGUUAAAAUAGUGUGACGGGACGCGUGAGCGUAACCCGUUUACUAUAGUGAGAACUUAGUGUAAAAUUUUAAAAUAUACAUAUACAAUAAUAAAACAAAGCACUAUAAAUAAUGCUCCAAAAAAAAAUAAAAUAAAAAUAAAAAUAAAUUUAAAUAAAAUGAUAAAACUAUUUAAGAUAUCUAGGAUCUAAAAUGAUACUUAGAAAGUCUUUAAAGUUCUCUUAAAUAAAUUACUUAUUCGGCUGUAACAAAAUUCAUUGACGACUUCUUCAUACCUACAAAAGUCCAAAAGACGUUGAAGGAAGAGAGUUAAUAAUUUCAUUGUUCAUGUUGCAACUUUAAACAUUCUAAAGAUGUUUAGUGUUCCCGAGAGUACAGAAUUCUGUAUGUUAUAUAAAAAACUCCCUUACCCUUACUUUCGACCAACUGCUUCAGCUUGACUUCUAAGUCUCGGCACCACCCCCUAACAUGUUCAUUAUGUUAUUAUAUUGUUUCACUUCAUAUCCUUGGUACUUCUGCUUUAACUCCGGUCCCAACGGAGCAGUCCGUAUUUCGUGAUUUUCUUCUCCUCCUUUUUCUCCCGGCUUGUAACCCAUGAGCAGCUCACCUCAAGCGUUAUAACUUGCUUUGCCGGACUCGUGGUUGAUAACUCCCGGUGAGCAUGAAAUCUGUUGGCUUCAACUUCUUGGUGCUCCGCAAAUAGAGGGACAUCCCAGAACACUUGCGGAUUGUUCGCCUCGUACACUGGCUUCGGUUUCAGUGGCGAGUACCAAGGUGGCACCGAAUCUCUGACAAGACCUAGGUCUUGUAAAAUCUCGAAGAAAAGUAUCUUCAGGGCUGCAUUGUGUCGGGUAAUGUACUUGUUCUGUGCAAGGGCAGUACAACCAGCCAGGACAUGGGCGACACUUUCAGGGGCCUUAUUACAUAGCCAGCACACGUUACCUCACCCGUCAUAUCCGUGUGCUUUUUCUGGCAGUCAUACAACCUCGUUAUUAUUAUUAUUAUUAUUAUUAUUAUUCAAUGUUAUUAAUUGCUUCCUACACUCUCCUAGAACCGGGGCCAAUCCUUGGUCCUGAGUUACCAGGGGAGUUUUUUAUUUAGUGAACAGAAACUUUCUCAGUAUGUGCGCCAUUCCUUGGAGGAUGAUCUUUUGCAGCUCAUUAUUGUAACUGGCUCCAGGGAUCUUACCUAAGUUCCAGUCCAUUCCCUCUCUAAUAAGUCCCAGCGCACCAACAAUAACUGGCACAGUCUCUCUUCUUAUUCCCACAUUCUCGUGGUUUCAAUCUCAAGCUCUUUGUAUUUUGAAAGCUUUUCAAUGACUUUCGUUGCGGUGUUUCGGUCGGAUGCUAGCGAUACAUCUAUAAGUUUGCAACAUUAUUAUUAUUAUUAUUAUUAUUAUUAUUAUUAUUAUUAUUAUUACUGUUACUAUUAUUAUUCAUUAGUUUCUAUUCAAAAGCAAUUUCCGAUUUGGCCAAGCCUGCUUCAAAAAGAGAUUAUAAAACUACUUCUUCAUGAAAGGGUUUGCUCUUGACCUCAUUUUGAAAGUGUGGGUUUUUUGAAAGUGUGGGUGGAAAUCGAAAAUGGUCUACUUUAACGUUUCGAGGCAUUAAGAGUUAGUUUUAUGUAUUUUAUUUGUAUUUUCAGAGAAGAUCCUAAUUGACUUUCACCAAUUUACACCUCAAUAACCAAUAGGCCAUUUGCACGAUGACGUCAUUUUACUACUACUACCAGAAUCCUUCAGGGUAUUGUUUUCUUAUGCAAAUUACCGCUUUUGUAAUUUAAACCUUACUGGGAUUAGCAAAUUUAAAUAUGAAAGAAAAAACGAAAUGAAUUCUGGUCCUAGUAGUAAAAAAGCGUCAUCGUGCAAGUGGCCCAUUUCUUUGGCUUCUUAGGUGACAAAAAAGUUUGAGUCUACUGUAAAUCUGUUUGUUGCAGAAAUAGUAUAAAUUAAAGGAUUAGUCUAGAAAAAUAGGUGCUACUUUUGCGAAAAAGAAAAUUAGACGUCACAAAAAGGAUCCAUAAUCUGACGCUUUUAGCACUGCAUUAUCCCUUCAUACACAACAGUUUUCGUGCUGAUUGACUCAUAUGAGCAAUUAUUUUAAUUUUUAUUCUUUUGUUAAAAAAGUCAAUUGACAAUCGAUCGUUUCAUUAUUUUUUUUGCUGGUUGAUUGACUAAACGAUUGUUUUAUGUUUGUUUUUAAAAUUAGAUUUCGAUGAAUGUGGAGGAAACAAUAACCAUUGUCAUCAGAACGCCAUCUGCACAAACACUAUUGGCUCCUAUAGCUGCCGGUACUCCGUAGGAUAUACUGGUGAUGGCUUGCUUUGCAGAGGUAUUAUGUUCGAAGCCCCAAGUUGUAGUUUUUCGUUUAAUUCAUGAAGCAUAAUUAUCAAAGGAAACUCAUCCAAUGGUAAACAGACAUCUCUUGUGAGUUUAAGGCUAGCUAGAAUAAGGUAGAAUAAGCCUGCUUUCACCGUAAAAUUGCGUGAAAACUUUUUUUUCAAAGAACUCUUUAGAGGGGUUUUAAAUAAUGAGCAGCGUGUAAUAGUAGUGAAAUAAGCGUUUAAAUAUAGGCUGGAAAAAAUUAGGAGGGAAGUCUUCACAGCAACUUUUUUUUUCAAUUUCAGAGAUGAUAAAAUUUGCACAUUAUUUCCCAAUCUCUAUGAAUAACAGCAAUGAAGUUUUUUAAUUAUCCUUAUUUUAUAGUUCAUAGGUAUACAGAUCAUACUAUAACCUUAAAUACAGCCCAAAAAGAGAACUAAAGUUCAUAGAAUAAGAACAUGUAUGUACGGUUGUUGUAUUUUCUUGCAAUUUCAAAAUCUAAGCUCUUGUAGACUGCAUAGCUUAUUGCUCUGAUUUCAACUUUCUCGACAGGCCCGAGGGGGUCGCUUGUUACGCAGGCUAAAGCUUUUGGGGAUUCAUUAUUUGAGGCUUUUUUUGUAUACUGAUGGGGCCACCAUCCCAGAAGCUUCAAAUCCUACGGUACUUUGAAUUCCUUGAAACAUUCCUAAAGAGUAAUUUUCUUUACUUCAGAUGUCGACGAAUGCUCUUCAGGUCACCAGUGUGACAGCAGUGCGACAUGUUACAAUGCAGAUGGAUCCUACACGUGCACAUGUAACAGCGGCUUCACGGGGGAUGGACGAACCUGUCGAGGUACGAGCCUUUGAAUAAAUACUGAAUACUGUAAACGACAGCUCUGUAAAGCUUUUCGAUAGAUUAGGUUGGCUGCUAAUACGCGACAUCAUACUUAUAAGGAAACUUCUCGAACACAAAGUGAGUCAAGAUCAUCGUCCUGAUUAUUUCACGUCCUUUUUCAAGCAUGUCUGUUCUUCACAUGCUCAUGGUACUAGAUCCGCCGCCAAUAACAACGUUCUGCCACCUCUCUGUUAAAGAAACUCAGGACUUAGCGUAGGAAGUUCGCAACUGCUUGUCGUUUAUAGCGGAGCUCUGGCGCGCGAAGCGCGCCUGCGGAGCACCAUGGGUAAGUAAAUCUACCCAUCCGAGAAAAUUUGGUAAUCACGUGACCGUACGACGCCCGCAGCCCGCCCGUCCGUCCGCACCACAGGAAAACCAAUGUUCAAUCUCACACUUUCUAGCUAGUUUGUUAGCACAGGAAGACUGAUAUUGCACACAUAUUGUACAUCAAUGUUGUGAUCAAUUGACAGCUGUCAAAGCAGGGUAUCCGCUGACCAGUAUCACCUGACCGUAUCGCGGGCUCAGGUGUCGACCCAUCAAGGUCGAGUAUCUUUUUGAAGUUAUCGGCUGACAAGUCACCAGUUUUCAAAUGAUCGCGGGCUCAACUUUAAUUUUUUUAAUCAAUAUGAAAUAUGUUGUAUUUUAUUUGUGUCGCACAAUUAAUAUUUUGAUUUCAAACUGACCUCGGAAGCUAAAAUUCGGCAAGUUUUUACAGGCAGGGAAGACAUGUCAGUUGCUUUUGACUACAAAAUGAAAUUCUGCUACUAUCAAGAGUCUUCUGUUAUUCAUAGCUAGUUUGUUUGUUGGGUUUUUGGUUGAGAAAUACGUCGCUUGUCAAAGUCGGAAAUCCGAUUUCGGAUGGCAUCGUUUUCGUUUUUCACCUUGCUUGGUGCGUAAGAGGGUUGAAAAGUCUAAAGCGAUUCUGGCCUUACUCGAUAGUUUUCAGUGCAUCUCGAAUGGUAAGCCUGAGUAAUUAUUGUAUUUGACGUUUGUUUUUUACAUCUAAUUUAAUGAAGUCGUGCGUAGUUUAUGCGGCUAUUUAGUUUAUGCACGUUUUUAAUUGUAAGAUUUGAGACAAUGAUCUGACCGAGUAUCUGGUUUGACUAUGAGCCUAUAGAACUUUAAAAAGCCUUUAGACAUUUUCUCACCGCAAAUAGAAAGAAAACGUUCCAAAGAAUAUUUAGUUAUAAUUCUGGCUGUAAAAGAAAGCUUUGAGCGAUUUUCUUGCCUCGAGUUCAUCUUUGAAAAAGCACACACCGGCAAGCCGGCUUACAAAAUGAAAAAAAUAAAGAAGGCUUUCAGAGACACUUUAAUACUUGUCUUCGUGAAUGAAAAUUGUUGUCUCUGUAUAUGUUUCACCGAAUUAUUUUCCUUUUAUUGAUUGUUAGUAGUCUCUUUUGCAAUUUUUAUCGCUGUGCCUUUUGUUUUCAGUCGCUCAUGAACAUCGCUUGCAUGCAGGAGUAGUCAAAAUACCGCGCGUAUCAAACGCUUUUGACGAUUACACAUCGUUAUAAAACCACUAAAUAAAAAUAAACAUAAUAAAUUCUUUAUUAUGUUGAAGCGUAUAACUCUAUUAAUCAUAAUUUAAACAGUCGACUUUGGCGCUUGUGAAAAGUGACAACCGGCUAGCCGUAUAGGUGAUUUUGGAAAUUUUUUUAACGGUUUCGCUAAAAGCCCACACGUGCUUCGAUCGCCCUGAAUAUUGAGUGUGUGCAAUUUGCAUUACAAAAUUGUGAAAUACUGCAUUCUGUCCGAGGUCUGUAUGAUAAAAACAGCGCCUCAUGGUACUGUUUCACCUCAGAUGUGAUGUAUAAGAGGUAUAAAAGGUUGGGUUACACGUCCCCAGACUUUUUGGCAAGAUUUUGUAAAGUAAACUUGUCGAACGCAAAAAAUUCGGCCUGAUUUGUUUUCCAAAAAUUUGUUUUUCAGGCCUAAUCUAGAGCCCGCGCUCUUAAAUGUGAUCAAAGAUGAUUCCUAUUUUUUGGGUGUACAUAUAAGGUUAUCAACUCGAUGUAAGAUUAAGUUCACUCUUAGCUUGGACUGUUUGCAAAUUACUUCUCUCUAAAAUCACUUAACCUUUCCCUCAAAAGUCACAUGAAUGCGCUCAAAAGUUAACUGAAUUGUGGAAAACAAGUUUAUUGUUUGAUUUAAAUCAUAAAUUUGAGUUCAUAUAUAGGAGCUUCGCUUUUAGCCCUGGGUAAAUCUAUAUAUUAGAAUAAAUUAGGUCAAUCAUAUAUAGAGACAUAGUUUCCUUCGCAACGUUCAGAAAAACACUGCAGGAUAAGUUUACCAAUUAAGACAACGCCUCAUUAGCACAUUUUAAGGUUUUCAGAUCCUGUCAGACAUUUAUGGAAGUUGUAGAAUUUUUCAUUUUUAUUUUCAAGUUUGUCGUAACUAACUGACCUGUUGUGUGGAGGUCCAUUAUAAAAAGUUAACCCAGUAAACGGUAAUGUUUCCCCCUUCGUUGUUCUUCUUGUUCUUCUCGUUCUUGUUCUUCCUCUUCUUCUACUGAUGUCGUUUAAGAAGAAACAAAAAGCAAACUGCGGUGAUAAACAUAAGGAAAUAUAAACGGUAGAAAAAAGACUUUAACUUGACGUUUCGUAUAUUCCAAACAUACAUUUUCAGCAACGGCCCGUCCCCCCUCCUUAUUUUUAGGCUGAACUGAAGCCCCUAGGGAAUAGGAAAAAUAAUUUUCUCCGCCGAGCCCUCUACUUACUUGCAGAUCUGAAUUUGCCACUAUUUACAUGCACAGAAUUGAAAUACAUCUCUUCUGAGCGGUCUACUACUGUUCUUGUUAGGUCUUGAAAAGUCAGUCACUCCUAUGACUAUGACAUUUGUUGACAAAAAAGAAGGUCCAGCUUAAAAUAUAUAAAUAAAAGUCUUCUUAUCUUCCAGAUGUUGAUGAAUGCUCGCUCAACACCCAUGACUGUCACUCCCAUGCAAUCUGCACUAACACAGAAGGCUCAUUUACUUGCAAGUGCGACGUGAAUGCACAUUACAUUGGUGACGGGAAAACAUGCACUCCUCAUCGUAAGCCGAAUUAUAUGUUUUACUUCAGUUUGUUCUUUUUGUUUUACCACUACUCUGACAACUGUUAACUUCUAUUUUGUGGAAAAGCUAUCGACCAAUAUUUAUGUCGCCAAAUAGCAACCCCUCACCUGCCUGUCGAUUAUCUUGACUAUACUCUUGUUCAAGAAUAUACUCUUAAUGAGUGCUUCUGAAUUUCUUGGGUACUUUAAUUUUGAGUGUAUUUUAGGCUAACCCCGCCGAUAUUUUUAAUUAGUCAAGUGGUUUUUUUUAGGUAUGGCAAAUAUUGGAGUCGUUGUCAGUUUCCGAAAUACAGCAUCUUUUAAAAGGAGGAAUUUCUGAUUUACUUUUUGUUGCCAGGUGGUCUUGAUGACUCCGUAAUUUUAGCGAACGAUGCCAGCAAGAUAUCGCAGUUAAAUACCUGGCUUCUUCCGCACUUGCAAAGUCCAGACACAAGUUAUUGGAAGCUGUGUUAUAGGGCCUCUAAUCAUGGCUGGAGGUCACGGACCUUUCACAGCUAUUGCGAUAACAAAGGACCCACUGUAACAAUUGUUAGGGUCGGGAUCUAUAUUUUUGGAGGCUACAACGACAAUUCAUGGCAGUGUAAGUCUUUGAAAUAGCUAGGAUACGAAGAAGGUAUCGACCAGCUAGACUGAAUUAAAACUAGGGGUUAUUAACCCCAAACGUAAAAGGAAGGAGAGACUGGGCCUUUACAAUUUUCGCAAAUAGUUCAAAACAAGUCUAGUGUUAACUAGAUUGUCAUUAAUCACUCGCAAUACUGCUAAUUGGAGGAUUUUGUGGUAAGAGUUUAAUCAAAUACUCGCAACCUGACAAUCUAAUCCAAAGUCACGACAUUGCUGAAGCAAGAACUGCUCCUCCUUGUACGACUGCUUGGCCGUGCGUUUUCUUCUAGGAACGGGGAUUAGACGUAUCCAAAUCUAGAAAAAUAAAUGUUUGUUCGGCUUAAAACGCUUCGAACGUGCCACCAAAAAACUGUGCUGAGUCCUCGGGUUUAUAAUUUAUUUAUUUAUUUAUUUAUUUUUAACAAGCGCGUUUGAGGUGGGGUAUGGGGCUUAGUGGUGAAGGUCGGGCUUAAUACUGCUGUACUGCAGCUGGUUCUACCAGGUAUUUUUUCUUGAAAUCUGAGAGAGGUUAACCACCGUUUCUGUUAAAUUUCUAAUGGAAAAGCCCUGGGGACGAAGUUGAUGGCAACUUGUGAUGCUCCAAUUCAUGAGGAUUUGAGCGUGAUUUAUGUGGUAUUUCACACAUUGUAUACUACCUCCCUGCUCUCAGUAUUUACUAACCCACCCCCGUUUCCUAACAAUACACCAUUUUAUAGCUCUGGGCUUAGUAUCCUAGACUUUGAGUGAUCAUGAGUGCAAGACUGAGGUUGACCAUGAUAGACAGAUAGUUAGAUAGUUUAAUUACCAAUACUUUGCAGCCCAAAGGCAGAAUUGCGUAUUUACAAUGAUGCAAUUGAUAAAAUUUGUAUAUAAAACUAAUUACAGUAAAAAAAGUGUGAAAAAUGUGAUAAAAAGUUUAAAAAUCUACGUACAGGAUCUAAUAAUAAAACUAUUCCUAAAACGAUCGGUCUUGCAUUUAGGUACAAUGAAGCGCCUUUUUUACCUUAGAGCAUAACCAUGUUUUGAUACAAACCUCCUUUGUUUUCUUAUGGAAAUUAUACUUAAAAAGUACUAGUUAGAAUAAAAAAAAGAGCGAUUUACAUAUUAAGAAAGCAGAAAUGGUUGUAUAAAAGCAAGGUCCACUCCAGCCUCGUUUCCAUCCAUAAUUGUAAAAUGGUCUAUUGAACUCGACUGAGUUACACUGAAUCUCUAAUUGUUUGUGUUCUGUUUUUUGUCUCUUCAGGGUCUGCUGGUUAUCAAUAUUCGACAAAUACCUUCUUGUACUCACUGAAAAACUACAAAGGGUAUGGAUACUUCAAACAGGACAUAACCAACGGCUACUAUGGCAGCGCCACUUACAGCCAAUAUAAUUAUGGUCCAAUGUUUGGUGGGUGCCAUGAUAUGUAUAUUGCGGACAAUGCGGGAGGAAAUACCAACUCUUACUUUAGUUGUCACUCGUACAGCAGUCCCUAUUGCGACAAUUAUCUCUGGGUUGGAUCACGAUACGGGAGUCAUUUCCGCCCAGAUGAGUUGGAGGUUUAUUAUGAAGUGCCUGCUUGAAACCGGGCGGCAACAUAAAACAAAGAAAGCAAAAAAACAAACAAACAAACACAACAACAACAAUCACAACAAAAACAUCAACAGACCAACAAAAAUAAGUCACAGCAAAAAAUAA